AUGGACCUCUAUGAGGCCAGUGAGAACGGGAACGAGGAGCGUGUGGUGGAGUUGCUGGUGUUUGGCAAGUUAUCUCCAGCGUCUCAGCUUCGCGCUCGAGGAAUCGCAGGUAGAACAGCUCUACUUGCUGCGUGUCUGGGUGGCCAAUCAAGCGUCGUUCGUCUGCUCUUGGGCAAAAAGUGUAUCGUGCACUUCACAAUCUCCAUGGUAACGAAAGAUGGAAGCUCGGGUGUGGUUCCAAUGGCUGUAGUUCAGCUGCCACCUCAAUGGGCGAUCCCACCGAGCGACUUACUGGAAGGCAAACAGCACGUGGAUCACUUUGGCAACACGCCACUGCAAUGUGUGAGCUGUUUCGGUUGUGGCUCCAGUGUGAAGCACAUUGACGACGGACUGGACAUGACAAGGCAGCUUUUAAUCCACGGAGACCAGCCUAAUUUGCCCAAGAAGAGCAACAAGUGGACACCACUGCACUGGGCUGCGUAUAAUGGAAACCACGAGCAAAUUAAGAUGUUGUUGGAUCCAGUGUUGCAUGUUGGAGAUGGAACACGGCGCUUUGCUAAGACUCAGAUUGCUAUUCCACUGCUGAUCGAUACGGACGAUCUCUUUGCGGUGGAUAUUGCAGGACGUCGUGGCCUCGCACUUGAAGACGAAAGGGCCACUUUACAACGACAACUGAACUCGGAAGACUGCGACGGAGCAAACGGAGAAUACGCUCAUUGGCGUCUGCGACUUGAUCAUAUCGAAGCUGUACGGCUAUUUAUUCACGAGUUUCUUGCAAAUGGAGCGCACCUUACACGAUACGUGGCCGAAAUGAACGCUCGCAACCCGUUGCAUUUUCAGAAGAACAGGUCCAGAUCUGUGACGGCCCAAGACGCAGUGCGAUACGGACAACAUCUUCUUUAUUGGGCAGGUUGCUUCGGUCUUGUCAGUGAAGUGCGCUCUCUGCUGCAACUAGAACUGAAAAUGACGGGGGUUGGUGGAAGCAGCAGUCCUGGGAAGGCAGCGGUCAAGCCAUUGGUAGCACGGAGUAUGGACGACAGCAGCCUCGACAUCUCUCUCCGAAUGCUGUACACAUGUUCGUGUGAAUAUGGCAAGAGGCAAUCUGUGCUUCACGCUGUUGCAGCUCACGGCCAAGUGAAAAUUCUCAGGCUUUUUCUCGCCAAAAUGCUCGACAAUCAACUGCAUCCUUCGGAUUUUUCUUCUCCAGUGGGGAACUCCAUGACGAGCUUCUUGCGUAAAGCAGCCAGACCAAGGAAACCCGUCGUCGUUCCUAUUUCAGACCCUACGGAAAUGACAGACUCGAGCGCAGAAAGCGGGAAAUAUACGGAUCAACUCAACAUUUUGGAGCAUGUGAAUACUGGCUGGACAAAUUAUCGCAACGAGACUCCGUUGUUUCAUGCAGUGUUGUAUCUGCAAGAAAGCGCAGUGAGAUUUUUUGCGAACGUCCUCUGCUCGACAAGUCUGGCGUGGGAGCUUGCAAACGUCAACGUCGAGGGAUCCUUGCUACAUCACAUUUGUAGUGAGAUUUCUCGACACACCCUCGGCAUAGAGCACCAAUCUGCACGACCUGAAUACGUAAUGCUCUUCGAUGGAGUGAAAAGGAAACAGUUUAAAGAGACGGUCAUUGAGACGAUGCACGAAGAAAGCUCUAUAGCUCCAUCGUUGGUCGUGACUCGGUCGGGUGUUCGUGACACAGUAUCUGGAAUUUGUAAGGCGAUGGGAGAAAUCGACUAUCUUGUUAUUGGCGCUACAGAUGAAGUGCUCAUUCAGCAGGCUCAACGUCUACAACUCAAAGUGAAACAUCGUGGGUCCUCAACGCGUUCUAUGUACAGCGCCAGCUCUCCGGAAUUGUUUGAGAGCUUCCGCUCCUUACAACGUCAGCAAGUGAUCCUCAGUAUUAUUCAGAGGAAGAUCGACCUGCAGAAGCAUAUCAAGAACGGCAACAUCCAAACGAUAUUCCCACUGCACGAUGUCAUGGGGUGUCGAAACAUCAUUCGGCAAUGGGGCUACACGGACUCCUCUCAGCGCAUUUUUCAGCCUUUUGCAGGCAACAGUCUCGAGCAGUUUUUCUUGGAGCGUAAACGACAUCAGUAUGAAAUGUUGUGGCCACUGCUCACGUAUUUUGGAGAGAAACACGCGUUCUACUACGCCUUUGUGACGUUCUACACUGCGUGGCUUCUCCCGAUAGCGUUGGUUGGAAUGGCUUGUCAAAUGCUGUGGUUAGCGAACAAUGUGAGUUUUGUGCCGCCUCUUUUUGGUAUUGUCGUGUCCAUUUGGGCCACGCUAAUGGUAGAACGCUGGAAGCGCAAGCGUAGCGAAAUACAGAGAAAAUUUGGUCACUUUCGACGCAAUCGGAGUGAGGGAACUCCCGGGUUCUAUGGAGAUUUCUUGGUUGAAACUGCAAUGAUACGAGCAAAACGUGCUGUCGACGUGAGUUUUCCGAGAGCUGUGCAGCUUGUCAGAAUUUAUACGGGUAUUCCUCUACUUCUGACUAUGGCAGUAGCGGCAGUGGUGAUUUUUGUUGCUGUCAAGACGAACAGUGCAUCGUCGGCAGUUGUACACAACGCCAUGCCACGGCUGCCAGUGGUAUUAGUCCCGUACGUCGUUCCGUUUAUAAAUGCGGUAUCAAUGCUACUACUUGAUAAUUGGUACACGCGACUCGCUCGCUCCCUCACCACUUGGGAGAAUCAUCGUACUGUGUGGGAAUUCGAGAGUAUGCUGGCCACUAAACUGUUCUCGUUCAAGUUCUUAAAUGCUUUCAUCUCGUUGUUCUGGAUUGCGUUCGUGGAUCAAAACGCUACUGCUCUUCGCAAGCAGCUCUUGAUCAUUAUGGGAACUCGUCAGUUGUGGAACUCAAUCCAGCGUGAUGUUUUACCAAUGUUCCAUGUGCGAUUGCGAUGGAAACAAGCUGGGUUUCGCUUUCAGCAGCCAUCUACCCGAGCCAGAAAGUACUGCUGGUCCAUGUCAAGUCACGAAUGGUACGAUGCAGAGCUUUCCCAUCCGCUUACAUCAACGUCACUAAGAGGGGUAGAACGUCCGUCUCCUCCUCCGAUGAUUCUCCUGCAAGAGCUCAUGUAUCCUCACGAUUUCCUAAUGGGGAAGCAGAUGGAAGUAGUUCUGCAGUUCGGAUACGUUACCAUGUUUGUCUCGGUACUACCUGUAGCGCCCUUGUUUGCUCUACUAAGCAACGUCGUGGCGAUGCGUCUGGAUGUACUUAGUUGCACGCAAACUAAACGACGUCCACCGUUUGAAAGCGAGACCGAGGUGUCAACUUUCACGAGUAUCCUCGAGUUUAUGAGCUUUGCUGCCGUCGCUGUCAACUGCGCUGUGCUCUUCUUCACUACCAGAUCGGAUUUAGAAAGCCUAAUUCAACUUUGGCUACUUCUAGUAGUCGAACACGUCGUUCUAGGUACCAAAGCGCUUUUGUCACUCGUAAUUGAUGACUCGGCGUCGUGGGUGCGUCUUGACGAAGACCAAACAGAUGAAGAGGAAAAGAAGAGAAUGCUCGGCAUGAACACCCCUGAAAAUGUAUCAACUACAAGAAGGUCGACGGAAGAGCUAGAGACGAUGCAACGUCGAGACCGUGUAGACCAGUCCAAGUUUAAUCAAGUCCUGGCAAAGCAGUACAUAGCGGCUCUUGGUGAGCGAGAUGAGGCCUUGAAGCGCGAACAAACAGCUCGACGACUGCUCGCUGAAUCGAUGAAAUACGCAGAGCAGGCACAUGCCCAGACUGUGGGACGACGGCUGUGCUUUAUAUGCUUUGCGCUGAGAAAUCUUCAAAUUCCAGCCGGGAAGCGAUGCCUUUCGUGCCACAUUGCGUUGUGCCCAACCUGCGACGGAGUUGUCCACCUGGACGACUUGGGAGUAAAGGAACCUCAGCAUUUCCGAGUCAAGGUAUCUAAACAAUUGCGAGAAUUGCGACGACACGUCGAGAGCUUUAUUUCGUACUGCGGUCUCUCUCGUGGACAGCAGCGGCUGACAUGCGACGAAGCGUUUAAGCGAUGUUGCGCCAGCGUUCGCAUUGCAAUGCGCUAUCUUCGCAACUACGAGCAACAGCGCCUGUAUCUCAACAGCUCGAAUCCGACACUUGCCCCAGCCACAACAGAACUUUGA